GAUGUGACGUCAACGUUUGACCUUCCUUUUCUGCUCGCAGUCACGUUUGACAUGGGAAACAAGGACUAUGAAUUUUAGCCUGACAGCAGCAUGAAGAGCCAAUGUUAAUCUCCAGUUUCAGGGAGCUGCCAGAGUAAACCAAGGGAACAAUGGUGAAACAUUUUUGCUGCACAGGUGUGUUAAAAAACACCUGGGACCAAGUUUGCACAGCCUUCUGGCAGCGUUAUCCCAAUCCUUACAGUAACCACGUGUUGACGGAGGAUAUUGUUUUCCGAGAGGUUACCCCCAACAACUGCCUCGUUUCCAGACGUCUGUUGACCAAAACCAGCCGCGCGCCUCGAUGGAUGGAGCGGUAUCUUCCCAAGCACAUGGCCAGCUCGGCGUACGUCAUUGAGGACUCCAUUGUGGACCCUCAGAAACGGACCAUGACCACACUGACGUGGAACAUCAGCCACGCUCGCCUCAUGUCUGUAGAGGAGCACUGUCGGUACCAAAUAAACCCCGAGAACGGCUGCUGGACGGAGAUCACGAGAGAAGCCCGGAUCUCCUCCGGGGUCUGUGGGCUUUCUAGAGCUAUUCAGGAAUUUGGUCUGGCGAGGUUCAAAACGAGCGUCACAAAGACCAUGAAAGGCUUUGAGUACGUGCUCGCCAAAAUGCAAGGUGAAACUCCAUCGAGGACCUUGGCUGAAACGGCUUCGGAGCGGGCGAGAGAGACGGCACUGGCAGCUAAAGAGAAAGCUAAAGACCUGGCGUCACACGCGCAGAAGAAACAAUAUGUAUGAUGAGCCUUUUACCUCCGGGUCAGUCGUUACAGGUCCGAGUGGUGGUUUAACACCUCUGUGAGGACGAACUCAAACAUUACAGUUCAGGAGCCGGCUGCAGCUCUCACCAUCACGCCACGCCGAGUUGAUCUGUGACGCCUGAGAGGUCACGUAUGACCCCGGGUGGCAUAAAGAGAUCUUUCACUGGAAGUGUUCCUUCACUCAACAUCUGUGCCAGAGUUUUUCUUACCCCGACCUCUGGGGUGGCACUUCACCAAAACAUGUGAUUCAUGAUUUGUUUCAAAGCUGUAUCGUCUGUCGGGUCAUUUCACUGUUAUAUACCUCAAGUUAUUCCACCAAGACUGAUGAUUUUAUCGCUUCAUGAUGAAGUCUUAGCUGAUGAAGGUCUGUGUU